AUGGCCUUGGGCGAGAUGGACGGAGCGGGGUCGGAGGCGGAGGAAGGCAAGAAUCAGGAGCCAGGUGUGGCCGCCACGAGAAAUAUCCUGGAGAGCUUCACAGAGAGCCAGGAAGUCGGGGGGCUCAUCGGUAACCUGAAGGGAGUCUUUGGGGAUCUGGUGGCUCGAGAAAUGACCGUGGAAAAAUUCAUAGGUAUAAUGGACAAGUACCAGGAGCAACCUCACUUGUUGGAUCGCCACUUAGAGUGGAUGAUGAAUUCAUUGUUGGAUAUAGUGCGGGACAAUGGAUCUCCUCCCCCACUAGUUCACCUGGCUUUUAAAUUUCUUUAUAUCAUUACAAAGGUGAGAGGGUACAAACUCUUCCUUCCACUGUUUCCUCAUGAAGUAGGUGAUCUACUGCCUGUUUUGGAUAUGCUCGGAAACCAGAAUCCCAAAGACUCUGAGACUUGGGAAACUCGUUAUAUGCUGUUAUUAUGGCUUUCCAUGAUAUGCUUGAUUCCUUUUGACCUGGCCCGUUUUGAUGGAAAUAUUAUUUCUGAGGAAGGGCAUGCUCGUAUGCCCACAAUGGAUCGCAUACUUAAAAUAGCAAAAUGUUACUUGGUCGUCAGUGAUAAGGCUCGAGAUGCAGCUGCUGUACUGGUUUCAAAAUUUAUUGUCCGCCCUGAUGUGAGGCAAAAAAGGAUGGCAGACUUCCUGGACUGGACACUUUCAUUGUUAUCUAAAUCCUCCUUCCAGACCAUGGAGGGGACUGUUGUGAUGAAUGGCAUGCUCCAGGCCCUGGCACAGUUAUUUAAACAUGGCAAAAGAGAAGAUUGUUUACCGUAUGCUGCUACUGUACUCGAGUGUCUUGAUAACUGCAAGCUGUCGGAAAGUAAUCAGAUGGUUCUUCGCAAGCUAGGGAUGAAACUUGUUCAACGACUUGGACUGACGUUUGUGAAACCGAAGGUAGCAAAAUGGAGAUACCAGCGUGGCUGUCGAUCUUUGGCUGCCAAUCUGCAAGCUCAGGGUUCAGUUGUGCAGAAUCAAAUGAUAACAGUUGCUGCUAAUGAAGCUGAUGACGAAGAGGAAUAUGACAUUCCAGGAGAGAUUGAAAAUGUUGUAGAGCAAUUGUUGGUUGGACUGAAAGACAAAGACACUAUUGUCAGGUGGUCUGCAGCAAAAGGAAUUGGUAGAAUAACUGGAAGACUUCCGAAAGAAUUAGCAGAUGACGUGAUUGGGUCUCUGUUGGACUGUUUUAGUUUCCAGGAAACAGACAAUGCAUGGCAUGGUGGAUGCCUGGCUCUGGCUGAACUAGGCAGAAGAGGAUUGUUACUCCCUUCCCGAAUUUCAGAUGUUGUUCCUGUCAUUUUGAAAGCACUGACAUAUGAUGAGAAGAGGGGGGCAUGUAGCGUGGGUUCCAAUGUGAGAGAUGCAGCCUGCUAUGUGUGCUGGGCCUUUGCUCGUGCUUACGACCCUGGAGAACUGAUACCAUUUAUUAAUCAGAUUUCAAGUGCAUUGGUUAUUGCUGCAGUAUUUGAUCGUGAUGUUAAUUGCAGAAGAGCUGCUUCUGCUGCCUUUCAGGAGAAUGUUGGGAGACAGGGCACUUUUCCACAUGGCAUAGACAUUCUAACUGCAGCUGAUUAUUUUGCUGUCGGUAACAGAGUUAACUGUUAUCUGACUAUAAGUGUGUAUAUUGCUGGCUUCCCUGAGUAUACACAGCCAAUGAUUGAUCAUUUACUUAACAUGAAGAUUAACCACUGGGAUAGUGUUAUUCGAGAACUUUCAACCAAAGCUCUGUACAACCUUACUCCACGGGCUCCUGAAUACAUGGCAAAUGUGGUUUUGCCAAGACUUCUACCUUUAUCAGUGGGCACAGAUCUGCACACACGCCAUGGAGCAAUUCUUGCCUGUGCUGAGAUCACCCAUGCACUGUGUAAACUAGCAGAAGAGAAUAAGAGAUCUAUAACAUAUUAUUUCAAUGAAAAAUCAUUGGAGGGACUUAAGCAAAUCCAUCAAGAGCUUUGCAGUCGUCAAUUGUACAGGGGUUUAGGUGGAGAACUGAUGAGACCAGCUGUCUGCACUUUAAUUGAGAAGUUGUCACGGUCAAAAAUGCCAUUUAGAGGAGAUCCAAUAAUCGGUGGCUGGCAGUGGUUAAUAAAUGACAGUCUAAGAAGUCUCCCUCUUGUUUCAAGUGCUGCACGACAGCAUAUAAAGGAGUCUGCAGUCUCUGCGCUGGCUGCACUGUGUAAUGAAUAUUACAUCAAUGAAAAGGGAGAAGCUGAUCCAGCUCUACAGGGUGAGCUGGUGACACAGUACAUUUCAGAACUACAAAACACAGAGGAAAUGAUUCGUUGUGGCUUUUCACGAGCUCUUGGGGCCCUUCCAAGAUUUCUGCUAAAGGGCAGGCUCCAACAGGUUUUGGAAGGUUUGAAAAAAGUGACCUUAAUUUCCCCUGGAGAUGUGAGCUUUGCAGAAUCCAGAAGAGAUGCCCUAAUAGCAAUUGCAAAGGUUUGCCAGACAGUAGGCGUAAAGGGAGAAGGAUCCCAUGAAGAAUAUGUCUGCAAAGAUAACGUUACUGAGAUUUUUGCUACGCUGCUUAGUGGUAUGACUGAUUACACCACAGACAGCCGAGGAGAUAUUGGAGGAUGGGUACGUGAAGCUGCUAUGACAAGUUUAAUGGAAGUGACGCUUCUGCUGGUUCAGAAUGAAGCAGAGUUAAUUAAUGCCAACAUCUGCAAACAGAUGAUGUGCUCACUGGCUCAACAAUCAGCUGAAAAAAUAGAUAAAUUUAGAGCGCAUGCAGGAUCUGUGUUCCUUACUCUUUUACAUUUUGACCAUCCUCCAGUUCCACACAUACCUCAUCGAGAAGAGCUAGAGAAGAUAUUUCCAAGGUCAGAGAAAGAGACUCUAAACUGGAAUGCCCCAUCAGAAGCUUUCCCUCGAAUCACCCAGCUUUUGCGUUUGCCAGCAUACCAAUACUAUGUGCUUUUGGGUCUCUCGGUGUCUGUUGGUGGAUUAACAGAGACAACGGGUGUCUGUACCUCUCCUGACAAUGCUGGACCAAAUGCUGGCAAACGGCUGUUUUGA